AGAGUGUCCUCUGGGUUACACGGGCUUCAAUUGUUCCAUGGAGUGCCGCUAUCCUGGAUAUGGCAAAUCCUGUCAAGAGCACUGCAAUUGUUCAGAAGAGUUGUGUGACAUAUCAAGAGGCUGUCCAGAUUCACCUCAAAAUGAAAAGAUGCUUCAAGAAAUAAAUUCUACUAAAUCUGAAGGAAAGAGCAAAAAUCCAAAUAGUGGGUCCCAGUUAACAGCAAUUCUCACCGGUGUUGUAUCUUUCUUGGCUCUCUUGGUAUUCAUUGUCGCUGGAAGAAUAAUCUGGAAAAGAUUAAAACAAUCAAACCCUAGGAUUGUUCAAAGAAAGCAAGGGUUAGGAAAUCUUGAAAAAGAGUCUGAAAGGAGAACUGAAUAUGAAGGCACGAUAGAAAACUUUUACGAAGACAUGGACGAGAACAAUAGAGUAGAAAGUAGAAAAGAAUGUCUACUUUCUUCAGAAAAUGAUUAUAUUGAAACGCUGACUUUCCUCAAGAAAGAAAAUAAAUCUGACAAUCGAGAAUCCAGUCACUUUUACGAUGCUUUAAAAUGACGAAAUACAAUCAAAAAUUUCAUUUUGUUUUUAAAAAAAAAAUGUGGACAUGGAGUGA